GAGCGACCAAGGUCAGGGGAGCUCCUCCACGCAUGGUCCUGGUGCGGGCGGUGAAGACCUAGGCGGCGCGUUCGGCGACCUCCGCCCCUACACCAGCCCCUUCUUCUAACCGAUUCCACGGCCGGCGGGCGGAGCUCGUCGUGGCGCUGGAUUGGCGGCGGGGAGGCUCGGAUGAAGAUAUUUUGGUCGCCUGCCUGGGGUUUCUGCGACCACCACCCCAAGUUGCUGCCGGCGGCGAAGUCCCCAAGCUCCUUCCGCUGCCCACCUCUUCGGCAUGCUGCUGCCGGUCACCUCGUCAGCCAUCUGCUGCCCGGCCCACCGACUUCCUCGCCGACCAUCUAUGUGCUAAGGUUUGCAUCCAUCUACUCCCGCUCGUCGGCAGUUCAUUUCGACGUGAUCCGGCCGUUCCGGCUGGGAGUGCUGCUGCAGCUAAGCUGGCCAUGGCCUCCUGUCACCGUCGGAGGAGAGAUCAGUCCAUGAUGGGAACCAAGUUGUGCUCCUCGUGGAGGUCCAAGCGUGGUCCUGGUGGCUGGCGUGACGGUUGGGCUCAGCCACGGCGGUUCACCCCA